AUUGACAGUUAGGGCUUGGGCCCGCUCUUUUCCCGCCACGAGAGAAAACUUGAUUCCUUAAUUACUCUUCAACUUCAACACUUGCACCUUCCUUUUCAAUCCACCAUAUCUGUUGUUGGAAUUGCCAUGCUCGUUUCUCUUCUCUCUCUCUCUCUCUUUUUUUUUCUUUAAAUUUUUCCACAGUUUCUUGUUACCCGUUCAUUCCACAUAUGCAAGAAUCAAAUUUAUCCUUAUAUUCGAUUCCUCACCUUUGCUUCAUUCUUUUCAAAUUAUUUUCUUGUGGGUCAAGUCAUCGGAUUGAAUUGCUCUCCUCUUUAUGCUGUCUCAACAUCGUUUGGGGACAGGGCAGAAGGUUUGAUGAUUGUUAAGAUUAGGCAAUUGGAAGAAUUUAAACAUUACUGUCAUAUGUUUAGCAUUUUCAUUUAAUACUUAUAGUUGCUUAUUGCAAUUGAGUUGGGUACACAUGAAUUACGAUGGGGAGAUCAUUAUUCAUGGGGAUAGUGAAGAAGGUGAGGGAUCAACUCCAAAGAAAUAUAUUGGGGGAAAAACUAAAUCUAUGCAUCCACCCCUUGAGUCUAAUUGGGUUCUCCCAGCUGAAAAACAAGACAAACAUCGUUCAUCAACAAAUACAGGCAUUAACAAAUUGUUAAUUUAUCCAAAGAAGGUUCAACGGUCGCUGAAGAGAAUUGGGAGGAGCAAAAGCAUGAAAAAUAUCCUCGAAGGAACUCCUGAUCCAAAAUAUGAAGAAAUUGUUAAUUCUUUCCGUGAAUUACUCUUUCUUGAGGGUCAGUUAACAACGAAAGACAAUGACUAUCACACACUUUUGCGAUUUCUACGAAUGAGGGAUUUUGAUGUUACAAAAUCAAGAGAGAUGUUCUUGAAUUAUCUCAUGUGGCGCCAGGAUUUUGGGGUUGAUGCAAUUACCAAGGAAUUUAAAUUUGACGAGUUUAAGGAGGUCAAGCAAUGCUAUCCUCAUGGAUUUCAUGGAGUUGAUAAAUUCGGUAGACCAAUAUACAUUGAACAAAUAGGGAUGAUAGAUCUAAAUGCCUUGCUGCAAGUAACCACAAUUGAAAGAUUUGUUAAGUAUCAUGUGUCUGAACAAGAGAAAACAUUAAAUUUGAGAUACCCUGCUUGUUCGAUUGCAGCCAAGAGGCAUGUAGCAUCAACCACAAGUAUAUUAGAUGUGAAGGGAGUGGGAAUGUCUAAUUUCUCAAAGCCUGUAAGACAGCUCUUUAUGGAAAUUCAAAGGAUUGAUAGCAAUUAUUACCCAGAGACUUUGCACCAUCUCUUCAUAAUCAAUGCUAGCUCUGGGUUCAGGAUGCUAUGGAAAGUAAUCAAGGCCUUUCUGGAUGUACGUACAUUAGCAAAGAUUCAAGUGUUGGGACACAACCACCUUAGUAACCUGGUUGAACUUAUUGAUCCAAGUAAUUUGCCACGUUUUCUGGGUGGAAACUGCACAUGUUCUGAUUACGGUGGUUGCCUGUUAAGUGACAAAGGCCCCUGGAAUAAUCCAGAAAUUACAGAAAUUCUUCAGGCAGUUUCCGCAACAGAAGAGAUGGAAAAUUAUGGAGGAGACAAUGAUGAGCCUAAUGGAGAUGCUAUGUUGAAUCAUACGCAUAAUGUGCAGAAUGAAGAAGAUACAGGAAAUGAACAAAUAUCAGAUAUUAAGAAGCUUGCAUUAGAGAAGAUCCAGGCAUUGGAAAGUGCAUUUGAGGAUACCAAGAUGAAAUUUCAGAAACUGGAAGCUGCAAUUGAGGACACCAAAAGUGUAAGUCUUAAACUAUGUCUAUUCAUUUCUCCCAGUCUUAUCAAAUUAUAAUUAUUAUUAUUUGUCAUCUUUGCUUUGUUUCCUGUUAACAGGUCUUGAAAGAAUUUUUGCAGUAUGUAGAAAAUAUGAAAAUUUGAACCAAGAAUUGUUUUCAGUGUUUCUGCUGAAAGCUAGGACUACUGUUGUGGUUUUGCUGAGGCACCUCAAGUGCUUUAUGUGGGGGUCAAAUGCAUCUUAAUAUCUGUUUAAUUGACCAUGUUUAAUUUAUUGCCUUCAUAUUCAUUCAUAUUUCAACUUUGAAGAAUCUGUUUGACUCUAUCUUCUUAAUGCGCUAUGGAUGGAAUAGCAACAAAACUGCCAUGAUUGAGGAAUUGUCAAUUUGAUUUUGAUAAAUCAUUAAAUACUUGUUGGUGUAUUUAUCAGACCAAUUUUGGGGACUGACGUGGCAUUGGGAGUUUCUCACACGUGGUCAUUUAAAUUGUAAUUGAAUUUAGAGUAGACAAAAAUUAAAUAUAAAUAUUGAAGAGGAGCGAGUAGAAUGCAAAUAUUUGCGCAAGCGAAUUAGUGAUCCAUUUUUAUUCUUCUUCGAACGUUCAGCUGAUCACUUGUCUCUCGCUCGCUUAAAUCCAUCUAAAACAAAAACAAGCACAUAUUUUUUCGAUCUCUCUCCACCGAAUCUUGUUUUCAAAUACAAUUUUUUUU